AACUACCACAAACGUCAAAUGAAGAAAAUUUUGCGGCGACGUACGUGAAAAAGUGCGGAGAAAUUUUUUCUCCGAGUUUCGCAAGUUUUUUCGGGGCUUUGGAACAAUUACCCCGGACGACGGCAACGCGGAACCGUCUUGGCGGACCGAAACUCGAACCCAACAAGUGGCAAUGACGGAAUUCGGCGACGAAGUAAUCCGGUUGUUCCCGCUCCGGACUAUUCCGGAUGUGAUCCGGCUGUUCCGACAGCAGCUGAACAACCGGGACGAGGAACCGGACCUGACGCUGCUUUCGAUCGUGACCGGUCUGAUUGAACACUCGCUGACUACCAAGGUGUUGGAGAGUUCGGCGGCGGGAUCGGGGUCUGGAUCUGGGACGUCACAGCAGAAACACGGUCCGGAUUCGCAGCAGCCGCACAUCGAGGUGAUCAGCAAUUUCCCGGUCAUCAAGUACGACGUCAUUGAGGGUUUGUACAAGAAGUUCAAAAUGGUACUGUCCCCCAUUGAAAAGUUGCUGGUGAAGAAUACCAUGGACUCGAAGUUCGCUAGCAGGGAAAUUAUUAAGAAGGUGUCCGACAUAAUCUGGAACUCACUGUUAAGGAGUUCCUACAAGGAUCGGGCCCACUUACAGAGUCUGUACAGCUAUUUGUGUGGCAGUAAGCUGGAUUGUUUUGGGGUGGCCUUUGCAGUGGUGGCCGGUUGUCAGAUGCUAGGCUAUCGGGAUGUGCAUCUGGCCAUUUCCGAGGAUCACGUUUGGGUGGUUUUCGGGAAAACUGGAGAGGAAACGAUCGAAGUGACCUGGCACGGCAAAGGGGCCGAAGACAAGCGUGGACAGUCAGUAGCUCCCGGAGUAGAAUCGCAGACCUGGCUGUAUGUAGCCGGGAAUCCGGUGGUGUGUAGUCGGUACAUGGAGGUAGCGGCAAUCGUUUCGGCUAUCAAUCCAUCGCUGACGGCCACCAGUGCUUGUCUGGAGGUUGCAGAUUUGCAGCAGCAGCUCCUUUGGCAACUGUACGAUAUGGGCCAUCUAAAGAAGUAUCCCAUGGCGCUGGGCUGUCUGGGGGAGCUCGAGGAAGUAUCGCCUACUCCAGGGCGGAAAAGUUGCGAGGACCUGUACAAUGAAUCGGUUCGAUCGGCUCAGGUUCACUACAGGAACCAUCACGUUUAUCCGUACACCUACCAGGGAGGGUUUUACUACCGCAAGAAUAUGUACCGGGAGGCGUUUGCUUCUUGGGCCGACAGCAGCGAUGUCAUCAGACUGUAUAACUAUUCAAGAGAUGACGAGGAAAUCUACAAGGAGUUUUUGGACAUUGCGAAUGAGUUGAUUCCACAGGUGAUGAAACUGGAAAGCUCCGGCCAUUCGGCUAGAAGUAUCCUGAGGGAUUCGCAUUGCUUUGCGAAUUUGCUACGCUUUUACGAUGGUAUUUGCAUGUGGGAAGAAGGAAGUUUGACUCCGAUUUUGCACAUCGGUUGGGCAAAACCGUUGGUGGCGACGAUUGCCAAGUUCGAUCAUGACAUUCGAUCGCAGGUGAUCAUCAAGUGUGGUGAACAAUCGCCGCGGUCACUGGUGUGUCGUAUUAACGGUGGUCAUGAUAGCAUGAACAAUAACAACAAUAUCGUGAACAAAGUGGACGCGAAUUUGGAGAGCGUGAAGAAAGAAGAUAAGGACAGUACCCUGCCAAAAUCAUUGGAAGCCUUGGUGGGUAAAUGUGGUGAAAAGUUGUUGAAUCCGGAUUUCCUACUACAAGGUGGUGGGCAACCGUUCACGUCCGAGGAUGGUGAUCAAGUAACAACGACGGAGAUUAACGGUCCGGUUAAAAAUGGUAAGAAAGAAAAGUCUUGUAAAAAGGAAGAAAAUAGUAAGGUUAAAGUGGAACCGAAGAAGGAAUCGCUAGAGCUGGUGGAUUCGGAAGAUGGUGGCCCUAAGCGACCGAUGAUUACUUUGUACAGUCAAAAAAUGAAAGGUCUGAAGGACCUUUUGCUGACAGAGAAACUGAACACGAACGCGAUCUCUUUACAAAUUACGGCUCAGAGCCAGGUACAGGUGGGAGGGAAAAAGUCUCGGAACGCAGGAAGCAACGGACCAGCCGGUACCGGCCUCGUUUCCGGGGAGAACGAAGCAAAUACCCGUUCUAAACGGGCACGCAGGGAAUAAGAUCCUAGAUCGAUGUCCCGACUUUCGAAACGAAACAAUAAUGGAAACAUUCCUUACGCAAAACACAUGCAUGGUUCUGUUUGAAGCUUGAUCUGUUGUGAUUGUUUUACUAUCAGUACUCUUAGUACCAGUGACAGUACUAUUUAUAUAAGUGGUAUUUUUUUUCUUGCUAGGACGAGUCGGUGAACCUUCAAAAGGACACCUUCGUCUUUAAUUAUACGUGUUAGGGUUGAUAUUUCUUUUGUGCUCUUAUGUUUAUGCUAAACGAAAACUAUGUGAUGCCAUUUUUUAAAUCAUACCUAUUUAUAUUUUAAAUUGUUAACUUAUUCUAAUUCAAUAUUUCCUAUACAUCUGUUACUAUUGUUUCUAUUUAUAAUGACCAUUUGGUGGUUGUUGGUCUGCAUGGUUCCAUGGAAUGACGAUCAACCAAAGUUGAAUGUUUAUGUUAUUUCUAUCUGUAAACACAAAAGCCUGUACAGCACCGGUUUAUCCUUCCUAGUCUCGAUAUCAAUCUUUUACUUCUGUUCUGAACACUCGGCUUAACUCGAUUGGUUGCUUCAUCAGUAGCAUUAGAAUUUGAAGUACACUAACACAGGUACUUGCUAAAAUUGAGUAUACGUAAACCUUCCCUAAUUCGAAAUCAAUAUCAAAAUUAAUAAGUAAUGGGCAAAAUUGAACAAAAGAAAAAUUAGAUUACUCAAUAAUAACGAACGGGAAACACUAUAGUACAAAUCAAUCAGUAAGGCAAAAUUGAACCAAUCUCAGAAACAAAAACCAGGCGGUAUCAAAAUUCGCUUUUCGUAGAACAAGCUAAACAAAAUUGAUCAAAAUCAAAUCAAACACAGGUAGGUUAAAAUGUGUAGUUAAAUUUUUUUCGGAGAUUUAUAUCUUUCAGAAGAUCAACAAAAAUCUAUAAACUCUUAGGGACAUACAAAACGAAUCGGGUACCUCAAAAUUAUGGAAAAAAGGUCUUCGGUUUUCAAAAAAAAAAAAGAAAUUUUUAAGUGACAACUUCCGCUGUAGUAACACUUUUUUUUAAGAACCGAACAAACCAAUCCAGCAAGUUGAAAAAAGUAUUUAUACAGAAGGAGUUGAAGGUUUGAGAAACUCUUGGCAAUAAGUAAUGUGAAUUACAUAUUGACUUCAAAAUAUCGUAAACACUAGAAGAAAAAAAUAGAUGAAAAUGAAACUUCUAAAAAAGAAACAAAAAUUGACGCAGACGAAUCUAAAUUCUCCUUGAAAAUAUUAUUCCAUUCGUUCCUUGACCUAAACUUAAACCAAUAGUUGAACUUUUGAUUUUUGAUUUCCACCCUCUUAUAACUUUGAGAAAUAACUGAUGUUUCUGUCUUAGUUCUAUAAAUACUUAAAAAUUUCUUGAAAUCGGUUUCCUUAAAUAUUCACACCGUGAACAAUGUGUGAUUCGAGCAAAUAUGAAAUCACAUCAGUUAGGUUCAAAGCCACAUUUAUCAUAUUAGGUAAGAUUUAUCAAAUCAAACAAUUAUUAAACUAAAAUCAAAAUGCUUCUACGCUCCUCAAGCCAAGUUUUAGCAGCAUCACACAAAGGAAAGGAGAAACCAGAAAUCACAUCUCGCAUAAUGUACGGUAUUUGUUAAACCUCUGAGCAGAAUGUUGCACAAACAUACACAAAACAAAAUACACAGUAGGAAUAUAUAAAAUCGAAACAACAUAGACCAAGGCGGAGGCGGAGUGUCAUAAAAUACCGUAGCACUUGCAAUAGGCAUUAAUACUAAUAAUAAUAACAAAUAAAAAUAACAACAGCAGAUACAAAAAAUAAAUACACAAGCUUGAAUCAAAAUAGUACAUUUAAGUUUUACGAACUGAUCAUAGUUGUUAGUCUAUUUAAAAAAUAAUUCGUCUGUUUUUUAAUUGAAAAAAAACCUUAGUAACUUCGAUCAGUCAGCAAAGAGUAUAACACACACAAAAAAGUACAAGACUAGGGUUUGUUUUUAAUUCAACGAUUCCUCACCACUCACUCAGUAGGCAUAUAUGAGCAAAAGAUAACAAGAUAGUCAAACCGCGGUUAAGCCGUAGCCAUCCUGUUAAAAUACUAAAACACAUAGUAGGUACAUCGUCAUCUCAUCAGAGGCUACCUAGAUUGUACAAAUUCACAUCAAUAGAACCCUAAAACUUAUAUGAAAUACCUAAAUUAAAAUGGUAACCACUGGCAACGUGAAACACAAUUCCUUAAUGUUGUUGAACACUGAAGUUUGUCAUCCUGUCUUGAUUGUGGAGGCUUGUUUGAAAAAAAGGUUUAAAUUUAAAUUUUUUACUCUUUAAAAUAGUUACAGAAAAAAAACGCUUCUUGUUUAUUGUAGUGAAAACUCUUAUUGUUCCAAAAUACACGUGUUUGUUGAUUCAUGAUAAAAGGUAACAAAAUAACCCCCCUUUUCACAUAUUCAUCAACUUGAUUUAGUCAAAAAGAAAACAUUGCAAAAUCUUUCAUCCGUAGUUCUUGCAUAUAGGGAAGCAUAUUUCCAUUCUCAAACAAAUAAGUAUAUAUUUUUGUAAAAUUGUAAAAUGUUGAUUAAUCAAUGCUAUUAGUGACUAAAAUAUAUAGUUAACUGUGAUCAUAACAGAAAUUGUAUCAACCGAUCGAUGAUCGUUUGCGAUCUACAUUGGUUGGUUGAAAUUUAUUAAUCACAAAACACAAUACACAGCUCGAGAAUGUACAGGAACCUUAAUACUGAAAACUGAACACUGAAAUUUACAAAACAUACACUACAAAUUAGCUCUAAACAGGCAGUAAUAAAUAAUGAAAAAAAAAAUUGAAAAAUAAACACUUUUGAGCAACAUCUUAAAGGACACUUUGAAGAUGUCAGUUGACGGAAAAAACACAAUAUGAAAAUUCUUAUAUAUUUUUGAGAUACUAUUCAUAUAUUUAUAUACAUAAAAGUAAUGUGUAAUGAAUAUUAAGGAGAAGAAUAAAAAACAAAUAAUAUUAGCAACUGACUUAAAAUUGAAAAAAAAAACACAAAAAGUUAUGAAAACGGAAAAAUGUUAAACCAUUUAGAAACAACCUAGCGAAUCACUGUAAUAUUGAAAACAAUCCUUUAACAUCUUUUUCAUUUUGGUUUCAAACUGUGAUUACUAAUGAUUUUUGUUUCUCCAACUAUAUAAACUCUUGAUAGUUUAGCAGUUUAUCUCCAUAUAGUUGAAAAUUGAUGUUGACAGUUGUGACAAAAUGAUAUGUUGUUUUACCGAUAUAUUUGAAAAUCGACAGAAAAUUAAAAAAAAAAAGAAAACAAAAAACAAAACGGAAGUUUAUAUUUCGGUUUUUACAGAAGCAAAAAUAUUCGGUCCAAACCCUUAGAAGAAAAGCUUGUUAAAUAAUCGAAGUGAACUCAUAACGCAAUAGACACAAACAACAGAGAGUAAAGGUGAUUUCUUUUCUUUGCAACACUAUAAUCAAAACGGAAGACACAAACACAACCUUGUAGUACCAAACAGUACGUAUGCAAUACAAUAUCGCGUAAAUCGCGGAUGAAACCAGACGGCUGAGAAAGCAGCAGCAGAUCGGUCAAUUUAGAGAUUCGAGUAACAUAUGAAACAAUCAUUCAUGAAAGAUGAAAUCAUCUCUAGACAGAUAAAUUACCUACAUUAUUAUGUUAGUUUUAAAAGUUGAAACUGUUGAUGGGUUUCCGUUCAGUCUUUGGAAUUGCUUCGUCCCCUCAAUUUCUGCUAUUCAUAAAAAAAACUGUUAGUUUCAUCAUAAAACAUAAAAGUACCUAAACCUUUUUGAUUUGAUCGAAAUGUCUGAGGCCACAUCAUAUAAUCAGCAAAAAAGGGCGGAAUUCGUGUUGAAUAGGUAAAGAAUAAAGAAGGGCAAUAUUCUGUACGACUGAACGGAAACCAAUGAUGGUAAAAUAGAACUCUACAAAACACCCACAACUGAAUAAGCAAAUGAGAACUGAAAGUUUUGAAUUGUAUAUGAGACGUAUAGUAUGUGAGAAUUCACGAGUAAGAUAGUGCAACCGUUUCCCGAAAAAAAAAUGCUAACAAGCGAAGCUGUUCUCCAGGAGUCUAUAGAAAAGAAAGGCAAGCACAAAAAGCCCAGAAAAAAAGUUUGAACCAGCUACAUCUAUGGGAAAUAAACAAACAGAAACAAUGGAUCAAAAACCGG